GAAUAGUAGAACAUAUGGGAGUGGUAAUGGAAAUCCAACAGUUGGAUCUUUCAACAACAGGUGGCGAUGGCUGGUCAAUGAAAAUUGGGAACGCUGAACCCAUACUUGUUGAUUGUAAACUUGGUGACAGUACUUGUUUGACAGUAACAGAAUUUGGCACUGAAUGGUUCAAAGUUGGUCUUGCGCCCGAAACGUUACGAAGAACUAAUCUUGGUGAUUUAAAAAUCGGAGAUAAAGUGAACUUAGAAAGGGCGCUUGCAGCUAAUGUUAGAUUUGGAGGACAUUUUGUACAAGGUCACGUUGAUACAACAGGAGAAAUAAUUUCUAUUACUCCAGAAGUGAAUUCUCUUUGGUUUAAAAUUUCACCAUCAGAUUCUAAAUACCUUCGUUACAUAAUUCCCAAGGGUUACAUUUGUCUAGAUGGUAUUUCAUUAACUGUUUGCGAGGUAAACGAUUCCGAAAAGUGGUUUAGUAUCAUGUUAGUCGCAUAUACUCAAAGUCACGUUACUAUGCCUUCGAAAAAAGUUGGUGAUAAGGUUAAUAUUGAAGUUGAUAUGUUGGGUAAAUAUGUUGAAAAAAUUGUUGAGCCUAUGCUUUCAAGUGAAACUGAUGGAGUUGGUAGUUAUUUGGACAAAUUAGUUACUAACUAUUUGGAAAAAACAAUCUCAAAAAAAUUAUGA